CCCUAAGUCUAAAAAUUUGGCCUUCGUUCCUCUCAAUUCGCCAUCCUACCUGCAUUUUCUUUACGCAAACCCUAAUCUUUUAGCCGCCGUCUACCUCCGCCGCCAUGGGUCGUAUGCACAGCCGAGGAAAGGGUAUUUCCUCUUCGGCUUUGCCUUAUAAGAGGACUCCUCCGAACUGGCUCAAAACUUCUUCCCAGGAUGUGGAGGAGAACAUUUGCAAGUUUGCGAAAAAGGGGCUGACGCCUUCACAGAUUGGUGUAAUUCUGCGCGAUUCUCACGGUAUUGCUCAGGUAAAGAGUGUGACGGGAAGCAAGAUUCUCAGGAUUCUCAAAGCUCACGGUCUUGCACCGGAAAUUCCUGAAGAUCUGUAUCAUUUGAUAAAGAAGGCUGUUGCCAUCAGGAAGCAUUUGGAAAGGAACCGCAAGGAUAAGGACUCAAAGUUCCGGCUUAUCCUUGUGGAGAGCAGGGUCCAUCGUCUGGCUCGUUACUACAAGAAGACUAAGAAACUUCCACCAGUUUGGAAAUACGAGUCAACAACAGCAAGUACUCUUGUGGCUUAGGAGCAUUUUUGUGUAAUCAAUUCUUGCGUGGAUCAACCCAUAAGCCAUUUUCUUUUUUUUUUUCCUGCUCCCUUCAUAUGCUUUUGAAAAUUAAUGGAUAUGAAUAUUUAUUAGUUGCGUCUGUUUUAGAGCAUGCUAUUUGCUGCAACUGUUGUCUCAUUUGCAAUUAUGCUUUUUUUUUUUAUAUAGUUGAUUGCUAUUGCAUUCUCUUCUAUUAUUGUUGUGUUGCUUUGGAGAAUCUAGUUCAUUAUUUUUCAAGUUGCUAAUAAACGAGGUCCCAUUGUUUCUAGCUAA